GUCCGGAGCUCAUCUCCAAACGCGCCGAGCCACACGUUUCACCGGGAAAGCGGCUUUAAAACCUCCUGAACGUCGGUGUGAAGCUUCUCUUCCUCCUCUUCCUCCAACUCUGAGUGAAAGUGGAUGUAGAGGAAGCGGCCAGAUGUUGGAUGGAUUCCUUUCUGCCCUCUGUGCGUCAAAGUUGGCCAAGUAGGUCAGUGGACGAACCGGAGGGCUGACUCGCUCUUUUUUCAUCCUGCUUGGAUCUACGGGUCGAGUGUGCGUGAGGAAGAGGAGCAGCUGAGAGCUCGGGGGAGUUUUUAUGACUUCGAUGCGUCCGGAUCUGCUGCUGGAAGCGGAGAAAGCCACAGAGAAGCCCGCAGACACUCAGCGGCUGCUGGACGUUCAUGUCUCCUCUCCACUCCGGCAUCGAGGUUUCUACUUCCUGUGACAUCACCACAACAUGCCUGAGGGGUCACGGCGUGGCAGCCAGAGAUCGCCCAGUAACGCAGCUGCCAAGCGUCCCUCCUCGGUCUCGUCUCUGAGUGGGAUUGUGGGUAGGAUGAUGUCAUCUGGGGAGCGAGGAGCGUCGUCCUCCUCCUGCACCUCCGUUAACACCGUCUGCUCUGACAGCGGCCGUCCCCCCUCCCUUUCCCUGUCCUCCUCCACCUCCUCCGUGUCCCUGCAGGACGCCUCCCACUCUUCCUCUUCCUCCUCCUCCUCUUCGCUUCCGUACGGCGCUGUGCCGACCUACAACGCCUCCUCAUCAUCAUCAUCGUCCUCCACGCCAAAGAGGAACAGCUCAGACAUUAGCCUGGACCUCACCCCCCUCCUCACACCACAUGGAGGGGGAGUUCCUGGAGGUGGGGCUAAUGUUGCCAGGGUGACAGGACGAAGCCACGCCCCUAAUGGACAUGUAGCCAAUGUAGUUGCGUCUGCAGCGGCCACACCCAGACAGCUUUCCCGGCUGGAGAGAGUCGCUCUGGAGAUCGUAGAGACGGAACAGGCCUACGUCAGAGACCUGAAGAGCAUUGUGGAGGACUACCUGGGCUGCAUCAUCGACUGCGGCGCCCUGCCGCUGAAACCAGACCAGGUCAGCACCCUGUUCUGCAACAUCGAGGACAUCUACGAGUUUAACAGUGAUCUCCUGGAGGAUCUAGAGCGGAGUCCUCACGCUGCAGCCAUGGCAGAGUGCUUUGUGGAGAGGAGUGAAGCCUUUGAUAUCUACACACUCUACUGCAUGAACUACCCAAAUUCGGUGGCAGUACUCAGGGAGUGCAUGAAAAACGAGAGUCUGGUUCGUUUCUUCCAGGAGAGACAGACAACCCUGAAUCACUCUUUACCUCUGGAGACGUACCUGCUCAAACCGGUGCAGAGGAUCCUCAAAUACCACCUACUGCUACAGGAACUUUCCAAGCACUUUGAUAAGAGCAACCCAGGAUAUGAAGUGGUAGAAGACGCCAUCAUCACCAUGACAGCGGUAGCCUGGUACAUCAACGACAUGAAGAGGAAACAGGAGCAUGCCGUGCGGCUGCAGGAAAUCGAGUCCCUGCUGGUGAACUGGAGCGGGCCGGAGCUCGGCGGGUUCGGAGAGCUGGUUCUGGAGGGUUCCUUCAAGGUCCAGAGAGUGAAGAAGGAGAGGGCGUUCUUCCUGUUUGACAAGAUGCUGCUGAUCGCCAAGAAGAGGCUGGAGCAGUUCGUCUACAGCACGCAUAUAUUUUGCUGCAAUCUGCUGCUGGUGGAGACGCUGAAGGACCCGCUCUGCUUCAGGGUCUCAGACCAAACCAUCCCCAAGCAGCAGCACGUUGUCCAGACGAAGAACCAGGAGGAGAAGCGACUGUGGGUGCACUACCUCAAGAGACUGAUAGUAGAAAACCACCCAGCUUCACUCCCACAGAAGGCCAGACAAGUCCUCGGAGACGGAUUCUGUCAUUCUCCUCAGCUGGACCAGGAACACCUGAAGAAGCCGGCUGCUUCUCCACGGCUGGACGACAUUCACAGCUACCACCGAGGCCGGCGUCAGUCAGAACCUCCAGAACUGCUGCUGUACACACCUGAGAAGUCCAGGAAGAGUCUGCCGCUGCUGCUGGAGGGAAACCUGCCGUACAGACGCACCAGGAGACAGUCAGCUCCGGCUAAAGACAUCGAGGCAGCAUUCCAUCCCAAUGCUCUGAAGCAGGCGGACAGCGAUGGCGAGCUGUGCACUGCAGAGAGUCUGGGCUCUGCAGGCAGCAGCAGCACGUUGGCGUCCUCCGUCAUCGAGGUGGAAGCUGAGCGGGACGAACCGAGACUGACGCUGCAGCUGCAGACAAACCAGGUGGAGGAGGAAGAGGAGGAGCUGUCCCCCCUCAGCCCUCCCCCCACUCUGUCCAUCACAGAGGAAAUCCUGGAGUUCAUAAACCAGAGCAGAGCCAGGGAGGGGCUUGCCACCAUUCCCACCGACACAUCGGAGCAGAUCCAGAAUCCGCCCAGUGAGAGUGAGUCCCCUUCAAACCAGACCAACUUCACCUGCCCGCUGCCCCCGGUCGCCUCCAGCCCAGAACAAAGUCCCACAAUGCAACAGGAAGGAGAAGAAGUGGAGAACAACAUCACCCUCCAUAAUGAAAGCAGUGAAAAUGAGACUACAGAUGAAGUCCAAGAAGUUCUGGAUGCAACAAGUUCAGUAGAGACACAAGGAGAGACGCAAGCAGGCAUGGAUGAAACCGAGGAAGGCAAAGAAGGUGGUGACGAAGAUGACCUCACCAUCAGUCCAUCCCCAAUAACCAAACUUCAUCCCUCCAUCUCUGCAGAGGAGGACAUAGAGAUCAGCAAGAAAGAGAUAAAAAGAGAGGUUCCCACCUCCUCCCAACAUCCAGAUCUCCACCAUCACCCCAUCCAGAGAGGCCCAUCAUCCACAAGAGGCCCCCACCUCACCAAGAGAGACAAGAAGAUCAUCGAGAAGAUCAGAAGUUACUACGAGGCGGCUGCUGAGGCUGAGGAGGACGAGGCAGAGGAGGGAGAAGACCUGGGAGAGGAAGGGUUUACAAGAAGAAGAAACAGUUUCUCCCAGAUCCCCUCAGGUCUGGUGAAGGAGUCGGUGUCUCGCUUCAGUGUCGAAAGACACCAGGGGGAUCCAGAGAGCAGACAAGGCAAGCAUGAAGGACCCUCAUCUUCCUCAUCUUCACUCCCAGCAGAUGCAGACAGCGAUGGGGAGGCGGACAAACCAGUCAGCUCCACGGAUGUGGAUGCAGAGUCUCCCAUUCCCGAUGUGAUGCAGGACAAGGAGUCUCCAGCUGAAGCAGACCAGAUUCUACGGUCAGAUCUGAACAGCCUUGUUGAAGAGGACACUGAAGACAUUUGUAAAAGGUCUGCAGAGGAAGAAGAGGAGAGGAAGAUGAGCGUGGUAAUUACUGGGGAUCAGGAUGGAAAAUCACCUGAUGGAGAAGAUCCAUUUGAAUCCAAACAGUUCAAGACCAAAGAAGAAGUCAAACCCAGGUCCGUUAGUGGUGGACACGAGACUAACCAAGAGUCAUCUGGGCCUCCUCUGUCACAAGAACAGUGUCCAAAAAACAAACAGACCAAAGCCCAGUCAACUUGGUCUAGAGCCAAAAUCAGAGACCUAGACACCAGUGGGAGCCUUGAUGGUCUUCCCAGUCAGAUAAAAGUGGGUCGAUGGUCCCGCCACUCCAGGACUGUCACGGAUAACCGAGCCUUGUUUGAGGGCAUGGCCUCAGACGUUACCGGUAUCGGGUUUUUUGAGGCAAACCCGGUGGUGGAUCCCUCUCUGCUGGAGAACUCAGAACGUAUUCUAAGCAAGGUCCAAACACUGGCCCAGAUGUACAGCGCCAAAGCCAACAGCAUGAAGGUCCCACUGCAUCAGAAACGAGCCGGCAGUGUACGGAACCAGACGUGGGUCUCAGCGAGGGUGUCUGGGCAUUCCCAAAGUAAAACCCAGACACAGGGUCAGAGUCAGACCAGAACACAACAACAAACUGAAACUAGUCUGUCAGAGAAUAAAUCUGGAACUGAGACCAGGGAGAAGUCAGACAGGGCUUCCAGUCAGAACCAGAUCCAAACCCCGACCCAGGACGAGAGGAUGGCAGAUGAUUUCCAGAAGGAAGUGGAGUCGCCAGCUGGCCCUGUGACCCCCACCUGCCAACUCCAGACAAAUGGAUUCGUCCUCUCCAGACCACGAGACUUCAUCUCUGCCAUGACCAGAGACAACGACUCUGGUGUGGCCUGUUUAAAUGGAAACUCCCAGAUUUCCUCCUUUACUGGAGAAACUCCUCCUCCUUUACCCAGAAUUCCUUCCCUGAGUCAGAACCAGACUUACACCACCUCAACGGAAACAGCUUCUUCUGAAUCCUCUCGUAACCUCAGAACACAACCAGAAAGUCCCGGGUCUGGUAACGUCCUCUCAACAUCACCUGUGGCGCUGGAUGGUGGACGCUCCAAGUUUUCCGAUGUUUACUCUGUCCCUGAAGUGCCACAGAAAACCGACAGGGUGGAGUGGGAUGAUGGAUGUUUUCACUCGGUUAGAGAUGAUUCAACGUCUGUAAACAUCCUUCUGCUGCCAACUGAGCCAGAGCCAAGCGGCUCUGCUCUCAGCAUACCACAGAGGGACCUUUCCAGAGAUGGAGAUAAGGAUGAUUUUCCAGCUGCGCAGCCCUCACAAGACCAGCUUGUACCAGGACUCGUGUUCACGGGACACGGAGAUGACAGGGAUGUGUUCAACAGCAACAUCACAGAGGCUGAAGCAGCAGGCGAGCACAUGAUGAUGAUGGUGGUCACGUCUCCAGCUGAAGGUCUGACUGGAGAGCAAACACAAACACUCCACCUGGCAGAAAGAGCGGUCACAACGCUGGGGACCUCCAGAAGUCUAAAGUUCUACGCUGAAGAGACCUUUGACCCUACAGAGCAGGAUCAAAGAAGCCGAGAUGAGGCUAGUCCACUGUCAGUGGACCUCCUCCCAACGUUCACCAGCCAGAGGCCGACGGACCUGCCGACCACUCUGAGCAAACGGGUCUCAUCUGAGACCUGGAGGGUCAACAGCACCGCUGAGAGUGACCGACAGAAGCCGUCUGAGCCGACCUCAGAAUGCCCCAGCAGCCCCUCCACCUUCACACCCAGCCUCAUGCAUCGCUCCCCAUCUCCUGUUAGAGCUCUUCAUGCCUCCUCGGUCCGAGCGACUCCCUGCUCCUCACCAUUCUGGGUCAUCCCAUCUCCCACUCCUGUAUCUCCAGCUGGAUUUACCUCCCUGACUAGCACCUCCAAGGCUCUCUCCUGUUUAUCCCCAACCCUCUCCCCCAUUCCCUCCAUGAGAGCCCAGCCUGCCUCCUCUCCUACACCUCCCUCUUACUCUUCUUCUGGAAGGUCUUCAUCAUCAAGAGCAGGCCCACCAUCCCCCUCCACACCAUCCAUCCGGUCUCCACCUUGUUCAUCCCCCGUCACCUCAUCCUCUGCAUUUACCAGAUCUUUAGCUGCCUCCUGUAUCAGCCAGUCCAUUAGUCAGAGUAUGGUCAAGAAUAACACUGCACGGCAACAAGCCCCGCCCACAAACACAGCGAAUCAAAGCCCCUCAUCAACCCCUCAUCUGCGACAGCACUCCCAGUCUCCUAAACUCCCUCCAGGUCAGCAGGGAACUAGCACACCUGCUUACUUUCAGUUAGGGUGCACUAAAGAUGGGUACCAACAACCAAGAUGUCCCCCAGCCACUCUCCUGUCCUCAUGUCCUUCUCCGUCUCUCAUGCAGCCCCCUUCCCCCUCUCUUUCCCAACGCUCUCCUUCCCCAUCUAUGAGUUUAGCCCAUCAUCAGCCUCCCUACUCUUCCUCUGCUUCCCCUCGUCCAUCUUUUCUUCAUUCCAAAACUAACUCAUCACAAUAUGCAAACAAAAACAACAACAAUUCAGCUGGUUUAACCAGAGCAGUCAGCCAUGUAAAUAGCACCAGUAGUGCUUUUAAUCAUGGCAGUUGGUCCGUAAGUCCACAGAAGGUUGCCAUAGCUAAUGGUAGCACCAACAUGGCAGCAACACAACCAACCCACAAUCCGCUGUGGUCAGGAUCAUACAAUCGUGUAGCUCGGCCUUUUUCUGCAUCUGAACCCAGUUCCCGAGUUCAGUCUCCAUCUCCUUCCCCGACCCCUGCAUCAUUCGCCCGCCUCUGCUCUUCACCUCCUCAACAUAAUUACUCCUCCCCCAUGGCCAAUAAACCUCCCCAUCCACGAAGUACAAGAGCAGGAGGUGCAAGUUCUCACAACCCACUAGGCCUCAGUUUGGAGCUACCCAGGGCCUUUUCAGCAAGUUCAGCAUUCGGGCAUUCUUCAUGUGUUAGCCCUCGGAUCCUCUCACCUCCUCCUAUUGGUGUCUCAGUUUGGACAAAUAAUGUUGCAACACCUCAGCCUAGAAAUCCUCGAUAUGCCUCCUCUCCCCAUUCCUUUUCUUCCACAUUAGGCUCACCAACAAAAGAGAUUUCCUCUUUACCAAAUUCUUCCUCCUACUCUUUUGUCACAGGAAGUAGUUCCCUUUCAGGAUCCUGUCCCCCAGCCUCUCAAACCCUCCGUCGGUCUCUGUCCUCAAGCCUGGCAGAUAGACCUUCAAGUCCAUCCAGGAGCAACUCAUGUGGACUUCGCCAUUCUUGGGCAAACAGCAGUCGAAAAUCCCUUGGCUUUAGUGGUAGCUCCCAAGUAUCCUCUGACCAGCAGGAGUCCUGUCCAGUUAGUCCAAGGAGUGGAUGGUCCUCGGAACGCAGUUCUCCAUCCUGCCUCAGCCCUCGAGCUGGGCUUCAGUCCCCACUCUCACCCAGUAGGUUUACUCUAAGUAAGAACAGCCUUGGUGGGCAGCAUUUCACCAGCGUGCCCUGGCCAGACGUGCAAGAGCUUUCAAGCAAAUAUAAUCAAGUUCAUAGCUUUGAAACAAGUGCUACUUCCACCAUCAUCACCCCCUCUUCUUCUCCCAUGUCCCCAUCAUAUCACACCUUACUCACCUCUCCUGUUUCAUCAGAUGGCUUCACUGAGUGGGGGGAUCCAGAACUGGAGGAGGGUAACUGUCGCAGCCAGCUCAUCUGCGCAUAUGUAGCCCGGCCAUCCUGUGAGACAAACCUUUCUUCGUCAUGCCUGGUUUUCUCCACCUCAGGAAUGACCUCCCCUCCACCUGUCCCCUACGGACACCAAAACCUCCAUUCCCAAGCCCAGAGACAGUCUCAGGUCACCACAACAUCACCUGUAUCCUCGAUCUCCUCCCCUCUGCCCUCAAGUUCAUCACCACUUCCCUUUUCUCUUUCAUCUCCCACCAAGCAGGGUAAUCAGAAGGCCAGUUAUGCCACCACAGUAAACCUUCAAAUUGCUGGAAGUGGACGAAUAACCUCAUUCAGCACUGCCCAAGUUAGCCUGACCCAAACCCUGCAGGGGCUGUAGCUGAGGGGCCAGGACAGGGGCAGGUGGCGAGGAGAGUAAGCAUCAACGGACUUUCACCUGUUCCUCAGAGCUGCAACAGGCUAUGAAGGGAAGAGCCUGCGGUUCAUGCUCUUACUAGACAACAACGGUCAAAAGGGAUAAAAGGCAUUUGAAAGAAGUGCACUUGGUAGCAUGGGGUGUUCUGCAGCUGCUGGUCCAGAACUUUCAGACCUGUUGCAUCUCUGGAUGUGAGCACUAAACCUUUGCUGGAACAGAACCUCCAUGAGUCCAUCUUGUUCGACUUUCAAAAGGAAAAACGUGACAUACUUUGACUUGAGAAGAAGCUCGCAUCUCGUGGAAAUUAGGAGUGUCGCCACCCCACUUUGACCACGAGCUGAAGGUCCGAACCUGAAAGGAUAAAAGAAAAUAAAGAAUUAAUUAAGAGAAAAAAUUUUUUAAAGGAUUUUUAUAAACACAGAGCUCAGAUACAAGGUCUGAUGACUGUCUUAAUUUGCAUGUCAUCUGAAAAAAAUACCAUUUCGUGUUUAAUUAAAGUCUAUUGUGUGGGUCAGCAGUGUGUGUUUAGCUGUAUUUGGGAUUGAAAACUCACUAUUCAUGUCUCUCUGCUCUCAGAAGCAAUUCCCAACUAAAAUAGGAAGGCUCUGCAUUCUUUAGAUUCGAGCACUGUGACCAUGAUUGGACGUUUUUAUUGGACGUUCAUGUCCACAGCUGGGUGGGAAGAAGUUUGAUGAUCCAACGGUUGGAAAUUGGACUUUAUGGAGAAGUGACAUGUUUUUAUUUUAUUUUUAUUUUAUUUACGUUUAAAGACUUGUCUAAAUAUUUGCAUUUAAAGAGUGUGGGCUUGUUGAAGGUCCAGGAUGGAACCAGUUAAGUCAUGACUUAUUAUUGUUUCUCUGUUGUUUUUUUUAUAUCGUGUUGAACAAACACGAGUGUCGGGCUAUGUGAGGCCAGUGUUAAACUGUGGUCAUCAGUAAUCUCUUAUUUUUCCAACGAUGUUUAUUACUCUUUUUAUUUUAUUUUUUAUUUAUGAAGUUAGUCUGAUUCUCUUUUGGCACUUAAUAUCCUUAAAGUUAAGUUGGUAUUUUUGCACAGUGCCCUCAGCUCCUGGGUAAACGCUUCCUCUGUGAAUGUGCGUGUGUUGAUUUAAAAUGACGUGUCUGGCAGGUUGACAUUGAACUUCAGACAAAGCUGGUAUCUGUGUUUUUAGUGCUUUGUUUGCUCACAUAUUUAUGUACCAAACAUUCUGUUAAUGUCGGUGUCAUCCAGAAACCUCCGUCUUCACUCUGAUCUUAGUGCUCACACUGACAGAUUUUAUCCACAUAUUCACACACGGUUAUUCUUGUUCAAGUGAGUCAGGCCAGCCAAAGUAAACAUCUACAGCUUAGAUGGUGCUUUAAGGGACAUCAGUCUGUGUUCAUUUCUUUCACUUAAACCCCUUAUAUUGGUUCAAAUGUGAUGCCUAUGAAGUGAAAUUUGAUGUGAGGUUUCUGCAGGGUACUGGCGACAAAAGAACGUGUGUUUGGGAACUGUUUAAAAAAAAGGGAAAAAAAGGAACUAUCAAUAAAUUUUCAUUCAGUAUC